AUAAAAGGGUCACCUUGAAAUGUCAUAAAAUUUAGUAAAGUUCGCGUUUUGUCAUUCUUUAUCCGGCACUACAUAAAAAAGUAAUUAUGGGAGGAAAAUGGUCGAGCAUGGAUCCUUCCCAAGUGGAAGUGCCAGAAAUAGGUGCUUUAUUAGAAAGAGAUCCUUAUUUAAAACCUUAUGAAAAUGAAAUUCGUAAAAGAUAUGCAUUAUUCAAAGAUUACAUGGAAAAAUUAGAAACUGGUGAUGGCAGCUUAGAAAAAUUUUCAAAAGCAUAUAAAAACUUUGGAAUUCAUAUAAAUGAAGACAAUAGCGUUACUGCAAAAGAAUGGGCACCUGGUGCACAAGAAUUAUUUUUAACAGGAGAUUUUAAUAACUGGAAUAAAACAGCUAACUCAUAUAAAAAGUUAGAAUAUGGAAAAUGGGAAUUAUAUUUACCUCCUAAUGCCGAUGGUAGUUGUCCUAUAAAACAUCUUUCAGAAGUUAAAAUAAUUGUAAAGGAUCACAACAAUGAAUUGUUGGAACGAUUAAGUCCUUGGGCUAAUUAUGUUACACAAAAUCGUGCUGAAAGUGCUACGUAUAAACAACGUAUAUGGCAUCCAUUAUCUAAAAAUACUUAUAGAUUUAAAUACCCCAAGCCAAAAAAACCAGAAAGUCUUAGAAUUUAUGAAUGCCAUGUUGGUAUUGCAACUCAAGAAUUAAAAGUUGGUACAUAUUUAGAAUUUGCUAAAAAUGUAAUUCCUCGCAUUGUAAAACAGGGUUAUAAUGCAAUACAACUAAUGGCUAUUAUGGAACAUGCUUAUUAUGCCAGUUUUGGAUAUCAGGUGACUUCCUUUUAUGCAGCUUCAUCGCGUUAUGGUACACCAGAGGAAUUAAAAGAGUUAAUAGAUGUAGCACAUGAACAUGGACUAUUUGUUUUACUAGAUAUGGUGCAUUCACAUGCAUCAAAGAAUACUUUGGAUGGGUUAAAUAUGUUUGAUGGUACUGAUGGUUGUUUCUUUCAUGCUGGUAAUCGUGGUCAGCAUCCGCUUUGGGAUAGUCGGCUCUUUAAUUAUGGAGAAUAUGAAGUAUUGCGAUUUUUACUUUCUAAUUUACGAUGGUACAUCGAUGAGUAUGGUUUUGAUGGAUUUAGAUUUGAUGGCGUUACAUCAAUGUUAUAUCACUCGAGAGGAUUUGGACAAGGUUUUAGUGGCCAUUACGAUGAAUAUUAUGGCCUAAAUGUUGAUGUUGAGGGUGUAGUAUAUUUGAUGCUUGCAAAUCACAUGUUGCAUCAUUUGUAUCCAGAAAUUGUUACAAUAGCAGAAGAUGUUAGUGGAAUGCCUGGAGUAUGCAGACCUGUCUCUGAAGGUGGUGUAGGAUUUGAUUACCGAUUGGGUAUGUCUAUUCCUGACAAAUGGAUUAAGUUGUUGAAAGAAGUAAAAGAUGAAGAUUGGAAAGUUGGAGACAUUUGUUGGUCGUUAAGUAAUCGAAGGUGGAUGGAGAAAACGGUAGCUUACGCGGAAUCUCAUGAUCAAGCUCUCGUGGGUGAUAAAACAAUUGCAUUCUGGCUUAUGGACAAAGAAAUGUAUACUCAUAUGAGUAUAAUGAGUCCGCCAAAUCCGAUCAUAAGUCGUGGAAUUGCUCUUCAUAAUCUUAUUACAUUAAUUACACAUGCAUUAGGAGGAGAAGCGUAUUUAAAUUUUAUGGGUAAUGAAUUCGGUCAUCCUGAAUGGUUGGAUUUUCCUCGAGCUGGUAACGGGGAUAGCUAUCAUUAUGCUAGAAGGCAAUGGAAUUUAGUUGACGAUGAAUUGCUGAAAUAUAAGUUUAUGAAUAAUUGGGACCGCGCUAUAAAUACUCUUGAAGAAAAAUAUGGAUGGCUACAUGCUCAUCCUGCAUAUAUAAGUUGGAAACAUGAAGGAGACAAAGUAAUUGUUUUUGAUCGGGCAGAACUUAUAUUUGUUUUUAAUUUUCAUCCGGUACAGUCAUUUCCGGAUUAUCCUAUUGGCGUAAAGACUGCAGGAACUUACAAAGUUCUUUUGUGUAGCGACAAUAAGGAUUUUGGUGGCGAAAAUCGUGUUGAUACCAGUAUACAACAUUUUACCCAACCAGAAUCAUUUUCUGAUUAUUCAAAUAAAAUGUUGAUUUAUAUUCCUUGUCGCACAGCUAUUGUCUACGUCCGAGAAACAUAAGGACAAUUAUAAGGACUGAUGAUUAUAGUUACAAGAACUGAUUUUAAAGCAUCAUAUAUAAAUAAAAACAAGCUUUUCUUCCUGUAAAAUCAAUGUAUAGAAUUUAGAAGUUUUUGAAGAAUAUUUUAUUAAUUUAGACAUUGAUGAAGGAAAUUACAAAUUAUAGAAUACUCGAAUGUUGAAAUUUUUUAAAAUAUGUUUUUUUGUAUUUUGUCAAAUGUUGUGUAUAUAUUAAAUAAUGUUAAUAUUGAUAGUUAUAUACAUCUCAGCUGACAUAUUUAUGUUUUGAUACUAUAUUUUUGGAAUCUACAAGUAUACGAAAUAAAAAUAUGUUUUGUAAUUUA